GGCGAUGACAGUUUGAAAACAAAUACAAAACAACAAAACCAUUUUUAUAACAAUUAGUAAUUUGGACUCCAAUGAUUUAUUAUGGCUUAAAUAGUAAAUAUUUGAUAAAUUGACUGUACAAACUAAUGAUAAUAAUUAGUAAAAGCUGUAAAAUUGUUUUAUAUCUAAAUGAAGUUCAAACGAGGCUAUUACGACGUUUUCGUUAAUACAUGUGCAAAUUAUCCUGCAAAUAUUGCUGUUCGGCAUUACAAUAAUGGUCUCUAUAAAAAUUAUACAUAUUCUGAGCUAUACGGCGUUUGUGAAUACAUAUCACAAAACUUACAACAACUCAAUUGCAAUAAAGGAAUAAUUGGAUUAAUAACCGAGAGAAAUAUUAUUGUCCCUUGUAUAGUAGCAGCUGCACACAAAUGCUGUACAACAUUCAUGUUUCUUGAUCCAUCACAGAACCUGGAACAAAUUAUAUCGGAAUUAAAAUUUAAUGUAAUUAUUUCCAUAAAAUAUGCAGAAGAUCUUUCUUCCUCAGAAAUAUUAAACAAGAGGCCAGAGAAAACAAUUACUGUCUUUAAUUUAAUAAUUCACAUUUAUAAUUUUCAAGUCAAUAAUGCUAACAAUUCUCAGUAUGGGCCAGAAUAUUCAUUUAUUGCCAUGACUUCUGGUAGCACAGGAGACCCAAAGCAUAUACAAGUGCCCAUAAAAUGUAUACAACCAAAUGUUGAUGACUUGACCAAAAUGUUUGAAAUAGAACAACGUGACAUUAUUUACUUUUCAACACCACUUACAUUUGAUCCAUCAAUGAUAGAAAUCCUCCUUGCAUGUAUGAAUGGAGCUUCACUGAUGAUAGCUCCAGCAAAAACAGACAUAUUAUUCCCUGAAAAUCCAGAUAAUUCUAUAACAUUCUGGCAAACAACACCAUCAAAGUUUUUCCAGUUUUCUAACGCCGACAUAAGGAACAAAAUUUUGUCUGCACAAUCCAGUUUAAAAAUAUUGGCAUUGGGUGGAGAGCCUCUGAAUGGUAUUAAAAGGUUGAAAGAAUUGAAGCAUGUUAACAAUAGAACAAAGAUUUUUGCUCUGUAUGGUGUUACAGAGAUGUCCUGUUGGGCGUGUGUGGCAGAGUUAGAUCUCAACAGGAUACAAAAUGACAAGGAAGUGCCACUUGGCAACUCCUUAUCAGAAACUAAUAUAGUAGUUGAACCACAAAAGAAAAACAAAAGCACAGGGAAAAUUAUUUUGAUGAGCAAAACAAGAAAAUGUGUGAUUUUAAAUAAAACCAAUGGAGUAGAUGAAGAAAGCUCUUUAAAAUUUAUAGACACUGGUGAUAUGGGAGAAAUUCGUAAUGGUACUAUUUACUACAGGGGUCGAAGAGAUGACACUAUUAAAAGAUUUGGACAUAAAGUGAAUUUACAACUCAUUGAAGCUACUAUAAUGCAAUGUCCGAGAGUAAAAACUUGUUCGUGUGUGUGGUUGCCAAAACCAUUACUUCUUGUUGUGUAUUUUUCAUCUGAAACCUUGAGCAGCCAAGAGCUAUCUGAUUUUCUUAAAUGCAAACUGGAUGAUAAACAUUGGCCUGAUAAGAUAAUACGAGUUGACAAUUUACCUACAAAUCCACAUGGCAAAAUAUCAAGACAAAUAUUAGCACAGAUGUUUGAGAAAAUCCUACCGCUACCUCAAUCAGUUAGCUCUCUAAAACUGUUAUUUUUGAAAGAACUAAAAUUCAGUCUGAACAGAAACUUUACCUAUGAAGAAAUUAAGGACAAAGAUUAUUUCUCCCUUGGUGGAACUUCAUUUCUGGCCAUAUCUAUGUGCAAUAAACUAUGUUUAACUUGUCCACAAUUUGGUAAAUUAAUCCUGCCACAUCUACUGUCACGGAAAAGUACAAUUGAAGAUAUAAUGCAACUAGCUGUGAAAGAAUUAGGCAUGGAACUCAAACCAAAAAAAAGAUUAAAAAGGUCUCGUUCAAACACAGAAAGUUUUUUAUCUACAUCUCAAUCAAUUAAGAAAGCAAUGGAGAUACCAACCAGCUCAAACCCAAUAGAUUUUAUGGUUGUGUGGUCUUAUGAUACCGGGAAAUGUGUAGAUGCGUCGCCGUCACUCUAUCAACAUGGAUAUAAGCUCUACGUGACAGUGGGCAGCCACUCCGGCAAGAUUGUCGUAAUUGACGCAAUCAGUGGAUUGAUGCAAGGGCUGAUAAAAGUGAAAGCGAGGGUCGAAGCCCCCGUGUACUGUACCAGUGAGGCUCCAUUAACAACUCCUUGUGGUGUCGUCGGUGCAUACGACGGAACUGUUGUAUGCUUCACGCUCGAAAGUUGCAAGGAAUUGUGGAGGAUAAACAUCGGUUGUAUGAUUAAAAGCAAGGCCACGUUUUGUAGAGGCCAGCUGUACAUAGCUUCCUACGAUGGGAAUGUAAGGUGCAUUGAUAUUGCGACGGGCAAAAUAAACCAAGUCGUUAAUAUAACUGAUCAAGCUAUAUCCGCGGACCUAGUGCUUGCCAAAAAGGAAUUUGUUCUUCUCGGAACACUUUCGGGUGUAUGUGCCAGCAUACACACAGAAACAAAAACAAUAGUGUGGCGGGGAACGCUCGGUAGCCCAGUAUUCGCUACUCCCGUGCUCUAUGACAACGAUAAAUAUGUGGUGUUUGCUGAGGUGAAUGGCGAAAUUCAUUGUCGGACUGUCGAGAAAGGGAUUAAGAUAUGGAAAUACCAGGGUGCAAAAGGAAACAUAUUUUCUUCUAUUUGUGUUAGAGAAAUGGACAAACUCAAGUGGCAAAUGAUAUUUGGUUGUCACGAUAAUAAAGUAUACAACAUAAAUAUAAAGAAUUUUCAACCAAGUCUAAAUUGGAAGGCUGAGCUCACAUCACCAAUAUAUUCUACACCUUGCAGCUUGAGUGAUAAAUUAAUUUUGACGGCAUCAAACAAUGGGAUACUGUGUAUUUUAGAUGCAGAUUCUGGAAUGAUAAUAGCUGAGUACCAUUUGCCAAAUGAAACUUUCUCCACUCCAGCUGUAUAUGGGGAUUACAUAUACAUAGGGUGCAGAAAUGAUCAUUUGUUUGCCAUAAAAUAUAUAUUGAAUAUGUAAGACUGGAAACCUAACUAGCUCAAAAUUGUAAUAUUUAUGAUGAAUAUUAAUAAAUCCAUUAAGUUAAAAUGUUAAAAGCUGUUUUAAUAAAAAUGUUAUAAAUAAA